UGCUAUAUUUCCUCUUUCAAUGCUCUGUCUGCUAUCUGUCAGUGCUUGUAUCUAAUGAAAGGAAGAGAGUAAAAAAGAAGCAGGGAGAAAGGUUGCAUGGUUGUAUUCAGUGAGAGAGAGAGAGAGAGAGAGAGAGAGAGAGGAGAAGGACUGAGAAAAGAGGGGUGAAAACAUGUUUUGAGCACAAGCAACUUGCCUGCUAAGACAAAACAGCAAACGAGAGAGAGAGAGAGAGAGAGGAAGAGGAGGAGGAGAAAGAGAGCAGGAAAAGGAGACGCCGGACCAGCUAGACACAAGAUGGCUACAAUCUCUUCUGAUUUAAAUGCUGAAGAGGGAUCUUCGUUACCCAAGCGGCGCCUCCUGCUGCUAGGGUUCCAGGGCUCUGGUAAAACCUCAACAAUGAACACCAUCUUGAGUCAAGAAAAUAAACCUGACAGUUCCCAAACAGAUCAUAAACACUGGGUGGACAUAUUCACCUGGCGACUGUCAAUCACUGACACCCCAGGAUGGAAGCUGGAUACAGAAAACAUGCCUGAUAAGGCAGACUCUGAGAACCAGCAGUACAUCAUUGAUCAUUGUUUACCUGGUCCCCAUGCCCUACUGCUGGUGGUUCCCAUUGGAGUUCCGUUCACCGAACACCAUUGGCAGGGUCUGUGGGCCCAACUUAGGGCAUUGGGAGCAGGAAUAUGGAGGCACACCAUGGUUUUGUUCACCAGUGCAGACCAGUUGCAUCAAGACAAGGGUGUGGAGGAAUUUAUAGUGGAUGGUGGGCCUGCACUACAGAGGUUAGUGGAGAGAUGUGGCUGCAGGUAUCAUGCCUUGGAUAACACCAGCUCAGACAAAAGUGCUCAAGUUGCAGAGCUUUUACAGAAAGUGGAGGAGAUGGUGCAGGAGAAUCAAGGCUGGUACUUUGAAUUGGUGAGGCCAAGCCUCGGAUUUGAAGAUGAAGAGACUGAAAUGGAAAAAGAAGAGGACAGAGACACAGAAGUGGAGGGGACAGCAGCGAUGUUUAGAUCUCCACCAAGAGAGUUACGAGUCCUGUUAGUAGGCUGGCGUGGAGCAGGCAAGAGCUCUGUGGGCAAUCUUCUACUGGGCGGUCAUGGGUUUGAUUCAGGACAUCCCACUGAGUUAUCUGUCCGACAUCAAGCACUAGUUGAUGGUCGUCGCCUCACGAUUGUUGACACGCCAGGUUGGGAUUGGUUCUCUGUGCAGCGCACACCCAGCCAUGUACGAAAAGAAAUCAAACAAGGGGCGGGGCUUCUCCAUCCAGGCCCACAUGCGCUCUUAUUGGUCAUACCUGUGGUCUCCUCCCUCACUCCCAAAAAGAGGCAGGCCCUCAAGAACCACUUGGAGAUGUUUGGUGCGGAAGCAAGUCAACACACGCUAGUGCUGUUUUCAUGUGGUGACUGGCUGUACGGCACAUCAAUCGAGGACCACAUCCAGCGGGAUGGAGGUGAGCUGCUGAAAUUGAUGCGCCAUUGUUGGAACUGUUAUCAUGUUUUGGACUGUACCAAAGCCAACAAAGACAAGACACAAGUGACUGAACUCCUGCGAAAAAUAGAGGAAAUGGUUGCAGAGAAUGGACAGAAGCCUUUCUUACCGGUCAAAUUGAACCAAGAACUAGAUGAUGAAGAAAUGAGUGGAAGAUGCAGUUUGCAGUAAAAAAAAUAGAAUGCAAAUCCAAGAUGAAUGUAAACAUUAUUGAUUUUUGCAUCAAAAGACAAGCAGUAUUAACGCAAAUGUUUAUUAACCAUAAGGCCAUUCACACUGAAUUUUAUUGAGACAUUUCACCUCUUAUGCUGACAUUUGUACUAUAUAUACAGAGGUACAAUAUACAUUAAGGUCUCAUUUAGAAAAAUGGCAAGGAUUUGUGAAUAUAUUUUCAUCAAUAUUAUAUUUUUAUUUUUACAUAUUAAAUAAAGGUAGAGUUCAUCUAAUGAAUGAAUCCUUUAUUUUCCCUCAUGUGGUUUUAAAUCUUUGAGUUUCAUUCUCCUUUCUGAAGAAUGCUGGUUGAUGGCACCCAUUGACAUCCAUAAUAGGAAAAAAUACUACUAAAGUCAAGGGUGCCAUCUACCAGCAAUUUUUUUAAAAUAUUUUGUGUUCAACAGAAGUGAGGGUGAGUAAAUGAUGACAGAACUUUUUUUUGGGGUUAACUGUGCCUGUAAGAACAUUAAAUAUCGAAUGAACCACAAAUCAUUAGCUAAUCACAGUAUUUUUGUUACGUUAAAUUAACUUUUAUUAAGACCACAUAACUCACUAAUCUUUUUCAUGCUGUAAACAAUUACUCAAAUAUUUAAUUGCAAAUGCAUGCGUUUUAUUGCUCAUUAUUUUCAACAGUUUUAUAAAUGGUGGAAACAAACAGAUCAUAUGAUCAAUAUUAUAUUUUUUCAUGUACAUUCAUUGUUAAAUACAGAAUUACAUCAGAACAUCUAUGUAGGCAAGUAUGUGAAACUUAAACAGGGCUGGAUUCAAGUAUGCAGUUGUUCAACAUAGAGUACUUCUUUUGCUACUGCAGUUUGGGUACUAAUAAGAAUAAACUCAGGACUGUGGUGUCACCAUUAUUUAAUAUGUGCUGGGCGUUUAGGACAUGGCUAUUACUAUUGCAUAUCAAUUUUUAUCUUGCCCACAAGAAAUAUACAACAAAACAGUUCAUGGGCAAGCAUUCCAACCUCAAAUGAGGCUUUCCAUCCGAAACAAGAACAAUGACACAAGACCGAUUUAGCUUUUCACUUCAUAUUUCUAUACAAAGAAUACAUUUUAU